CGCACCGCAACCAUGUCACUCAGGACGGUGCUCACGAUCGCUGGCUCGGACAGCGGCGCAGGCGCGGGCAUCCAGGCCGACCUCAAGACCAUCGCCGCCCACCACUGCUACGGCACGAGCGUCAUCACGGCCAUCACGGCGCAGAACACGCUCGGCGUCCAGAGCGUCGAGGGCGUCUCGCCCGCCAUGGUCGCCGCCCAGAUCGACUCGGUCCUCGACGACAUCGGCGCCGACGCCAUCAAGACGGGCAUGCUCUUCGGCGAGGACACGAUCCGCGCCGUCGUUCGCUCGCUCGAGAAGCGCUUCGGCAAGGCCAAGGAGGGCGGUCGCGACGCCGCCAAGCUCGUCCUCGACCCGGUCUGUGUCAGCACGUCGGGCCACUCGCUCCUGCCCCUCGACGCCGUCGACUCGCUCCGCGCCGACCUCCUCCCGUGGGCCACCGUCGUCACGCCCAACGUCCCCGAAGCCGAGUUCCUCGUCGGCUGGGCCAAGGGCUCGAUCACGUCCGUCGACGACAUGCGCCGGUGCGCAGCCGAGCUUGCGGGCAAGGGCGUGCGGUGGGUCUACCUCAAGGGCGGCCAUCUGCCGCUGCCCAAGGGCGACGAGGGCGACAAGGUCGUCGUCGACCUCCUGUACGACGGCGAGUCGGGCGAGACGUCGACCGAGGAGCGGCGGUACCUCGACGUCAAGAACACGCACGGUACCGGGUGCACCUUGGCGGCGGCGGUCGCGUCAGGGUUGGCGCAGGGCAAGACGGUGAGCGACGCCGUGUCGGACGCAGGAGACUACGUCGCCGCCGCCAUCGCCGCCUCUUAUCCCGUCGGUCGAGGAGCCGGCCCCGUCAACCACUUCCACUCGCUCAUGCCCCGAUCUCUCCCCUUGCCCAACCACCACUCGCCGACGCCCUUUACCGACUACCUCAUCCGAUACGCCGGCGACGCCUGGAGCCGAUACGUUAACCACGAGUUCCCCAACAGCCUCGCCGCAGGCACGGCCAAGGUCGAGGCGUUUUUGCACUUUCUUCAGCAAGACUUUCACUUCCUCAAACAAUACGCUCGCGCCAACGCGCUCGCCGCGUUUAAGACCGAGGACAUGGCGCUCAUGCAGGGCUCGACGCACAUCGUCAACGAUGUCCUCAAGGAGACCGAGAUGCACGUCAAGUACUGCGAGACCUACGGCAUCAGUCGAGAGCAGCUGCAGGCGAUCCCGGAGAGCGUCACCAACAUCGCCUACACGCGCUACGUCCUCGACGUCUCGUCCAAGGGCGACCUACUCGAUGCCCGAGUCGUGACUGCGCCCUGCCUGAUUGGCUACGGGCACGUCGGCGCUCGCCUCGUCUCGUCGUCGCCAGGCGUCGUCGUCGACUCGAACGCCGAGACGAACCCGUUCUUCGGCUGGAUACAGGAGUAUGGCGGUGAGUGGUACCAGGGCUGCGUCAAGACGGGUAUCGUCCUCCUCGAACAGACGCUCGCCAAGUCGCCCGUCUCGGCCCAGCGCCUCGACGAGCUCGCGCGCAUCUUUGUCAAGGCGACCGAGCUCGAGAUCGCGUUCUGGGAUGCGGCCGUCGUUGCCGGCGAGAAGACGCGCGCCGAGGUCAUGAGCCACGAGGGGCUGCCCGUCUAGAGCCAGACGGUCGGGCAGCGCAGGAGCCGCAGCAGAGUAGCAGUGACCGAGUACGACCCCAUCUAGAUGUGCAACCAGCAGCGGUGCCGCAGUGUU